UUAAAAUACACUUAAUCGUGUCUCGCACGAAUUUAAUUCUAAAUAUAUAUAUAUAUUUGAAAAUAUAUAUUUGAAAAUGGCAUACGUCAAGUUUUUGUUCAGUUUUGCUCUCGCGACGUUUUCUUUUAAAGAAAUCUAUGGACAUGGAAUGCUUAUGGAACCUGUGAAUCGAGGUAGUGCUUGGAGGAAGGGCUUCAAAACACCUAUCAAUUAUGACGAUGAUGGAAAUUAUUGUGGUGGUUUAUUUGAACAAUUAAAUAAUGAUGGGAAGUGCGGUCUCUGUGGUGACGAUUAUAGAAUGCCACAGCCUAGACCAAAUGAAAAUGGCGGAAAAUAUGGAACUGGUACUAUUGUUAAAACUUAUAAAGCAGGACAAAUAAUUGAACUGGUAGCUAAACUCACUGCGAAUCAUAUGGGUUACUUCCAAUAUUCAAUUUGCCCCCUAAACCAUAGUAAGGAAUUAGAAACCGAAGAAUGCUUUUUUAAAUAUCCAUUAAAAAUGACGGACGGCAGCAAUAAAUAUAAAUUACAAAGUUCUAACAGUGGAGAUUAUAAAAUGAACGCUUAUUUGCCACAGGGCCUUACUUGUGAACAUUGUGUACUCAGGUAAGAACAUAAAUUUCAAUUAUGAUUGUAAAACGGACAAUUUAUAGGAAAUGGUAUAACUAAAAAAAAAAUUGUUAGUAUAACAAUAAUAACAUAACUAAAAAAAUCAUACUA